AUGGGAGAAGAAGACGAUCAGUCACCUAUUGAAGGUGAUUAUGCUCAGCAACAAGACACAACACCAUUACCAGUACAAUAUCAAUUACCAACACUAUCCGAAAUAAAGACAAAACUUCCAUCGCAUUGUUUUCGUUCCACUGUUCGACAAUCAAUGAGCUAUGUUAUUAAAGAUAUUAUUUAUGUCAUUCUAACAUUCUUUAUUAUGUUUCAAAUAGAAAAAUUAUUUAAAUAUGGUUAUUUAUUUUUUCCUAUUUAUUGGUAUAUACAAGGAACUCUUUAUACAGCAUUUUUUAUACUUGGACAUGAUUGUGGACAUUCAAGUUUUAGUUCUUAUCCAUUAUUGAACGAUACUGUUGGUACAAUAUUACAUACAUGGAUAUUAGUACCUUAUUAUGCAUGGAAGCUUACACAUAAUCAUCAUCAUAAAAAUACAAAUAAUAUUGAUAAAGAUGCAGUUUUCUGUCCACAACGUGGUAUAGUAGAUGAACCAUCAUUUCAAAAUUAUCUUUUGUAUUGGUUUCCUGGUAUUUCCUGGUUUUAUUAUUUAAUGUUUGGUUAUAGACCAAGAGGAAUAAAUCAUUUUAAUCCAUUCGAACCAUUAUUUUAUAAUAAAAAUUUCAUUGGUGCUUCUCUUUCACUUGCCACUUAUUUAGGAAUGUGUUAUCUGAUGUAUAUUUAUGCGAUUUCAGUUGGUUUCAUCAGUUUAAUUACUUAUCAUCUCAUUCCAGUAUUUAUUUUUGCAUGUUAUAUAGUUAUUAUAACUAUGUUACAUCAUACAGAAAUUGAUGUACCUUGGUAUGGAGAUUCGGAAUGGAAUAAUGUUAAAGGACAAUUAUCAACAGUUGAUCGUCAUUAUGGUCAUGUUCAUUCAAUAAUUCAUUCAAUUGGUACACAUCAAAUUCAUCAUCUAUUUACAAAAGUACCACAUUAUCAUUUAGAAGAAGCAACUGAACAAUUUCGAAAAGUAUAUCCUGAUCUUGUUCGAAUUAAUAAUGAACCAAUAUUAGUCUCAUUUUCUCGUAUGUUUAAAACCUUCAUAAAUCAACGAUCUAUUUCACAAGAUGCACGCGUAUUUACAUACACUAAAGAUGAAGACAAUAAGAUUAAAAAAAUCUUUUAA